AACAAUCUUAGGCGGGACGGCGGCGGUGGGGGUUGAGGGGGCGUGUUCAGAUGGACAUAUAAAAGAAGGCAAAGCCCUCCACUCUGCCCUACACCCAGCAGCUGCCCCGGUCUUCCUCGCCGUACAAGAACCUCCUCUGUUCUCCAGGAUGGCAGCGCUGUGGCUCCAGACGUUUUCCUUGCUGUGUCUGCUCAUCGUGUCGUUUCCAGGCUCCCGAGCCAUCCCUCCACAGCACCUGUGUGGCUCUCACCUGGUGGAAGCUCUGUACCUGGUCUGUGGAGACAGAGGCUUCUUCUACAACCCCAAGAGAGACGUGGACCCUCUUGCUGGGUUUCUGUCCCCAAAGAUGGGGGGCGCCACAGGUACCGGGAACGAAGUGGCCGAGUUCGCCUUCAAGGACCAGAUGGAGAUGAUGGUUAAGAGAGGUAUCGUUGAGCAGUGCUGCCACAAGCCGUGCAACCUCUUUGACUUGGAGAACUACUGCAACUGAGCAGGAACCGGACUCUGCCAGAACCCAACAAGAACCCAGAGCUGGACCACUGCGUCCAGAUAUUUAAAUAAAGUUUUGUGAACUGAAACCUC